AUGAAUCUUGCAAAUUUCUCUUACCUCUCGGGCAUGUGCAACAUGACGGCAGAGUCCCAGCACUCGCCUGCCGAGGCGGCCAGUCCCGUGGGUGUGUCUCCAAACGUCAACCUGGACUCCCCGGUGCCCGCGCAGCCUCUGCUCCUUCAAGCUCGGGCAAAAGACGGGGUGCUGAUCAAGUCCGAACCCCGGGGGAGCAGCCCGAACACGGACCGGGGAGAGGGCCCUCCCCUCGGUCACACCGAGGAGCAUCUACCGCCGACUGGAAGCCGGCGCAGGAAGAGGCCCGUUCAGCGAGGGAAGCCGCCUUACAGCUACAUUGCCCUAAUAGCCAUGUCGAUAGCCAACUCUCCCGAAAGAAAGCUUACUUUAGGAGGCAUCUAUAAGUUCAUCAUGGAACGUUUCCCGUUCUACCGGGAGAACUCAAAAAAGUGGCAAAACUCUAUCCGACACAAUCUCACUCUCAACGACUGCUUCGUCAAGAUCCCCCGCGAGCCCGGCAGACCUGGAAAGGGCAAUUACUGGACCCUGGAUCCGGCCGCGGAAGACAUGUUCGACAACGGGAGCUUUUUACGCAGGAGAAAAAGAUUCAAGCGCACUGACGUCAGUACCUACCCCGGUUACAUGCAGAGUUCGAGCGCAUUCACUCCUACGCCCAUGGGCAGGCCGUCUUACCCCAACACGUUGUACCCAGCAAUGGGCUCCAGCUACGGCUCGCAGUUGGCGGGUUCCCCCCACCCGGCAAUGCUCCACCACUACCAGGCCUCGGCAGGUGUCUCCGCCCAAGGUCAACACAGGAUGUUCAGCAUCGACAACAUCAUUAGCCAGCAAACGGCGAUGCAGACCGGCCCAGGAGGUGAGCUUAAUCCACAGGCGUUAGGCUUGGGCGGCGGAGAGCUGGGCACUAUGGCCGCCAGCUGUUCUGUCACUGGGCCCGACCCUUCUUCAUGCUUCCAAACGCAGACAAUGAACCCCAACGCCGGUGUGCUAAGCAGAGGCACUGGCGCCCUUUCCUCAAACCUGGCCGCCGCUUAUCCUUACUCCUCGUCGGCGUCUCCUCCUCACCUGCCCGCCAUGACGCAGCCCAGUUUCUCCCCAGGUAGUUCUCAGGUGUACUGUCCUGGGAACAGGCUCUCUUUGCCGGCCGUGCGCUCCGGGUCUUGCGCCGACCACACGGAACAACUGCUCGGGCUCUCUGGUCCACCGAUGAACUCGUACAACAAUUCGUACAUGCGGCAGGCGAACUUCGCCGCAGGACUGGAGCGAUACAUGUAA